UUUCCGUGAAUUGCUGCCGUGGCACAAAGAGCCACCCUGUCCCCCGCAUGCCUGAAUCCACGGCUACACUCUCAGCGCAUCAUGACACCAGCUCGUCUAUCAUGCUGGUCUCUCAUGGAAUUCCUCAGAUGAUAAUCUCUAGGUUACUCCCCUGUAGGAGCUUCCUGAGAGGUCAUGGAUAACCGGAUUCGUUCUGAGAGCGACGCAACAGCCAUGCUGGAGAGCUUACCACCAUGGCUGGGACUCUUGAAUCCUGACACCUCAUCGCGAGGGUUUCCUUCUCCGCCGUGUGUGCUUUCCUUCGUCCGACAGCUAAAAUUGUCGCGAUGCAAGCUCGGAAACUUGAGGGGAUGAGCCUUCAGUCUGGCCAGUCUGGCUCGUCCGGCACUUCUUGUGCUCACAAGGGUUUCUUCUUUCUGCUGGUCCUUCGCCUCGUCCUUCUCGACGAUGAGGUUUCUGCGUCUCAUUUUCCGCGAGGAGGAACCAGAGGUGACGCGUGGCGGCUCGUUUUGACAGGCUUUACUUUGUUAUUCAUCGAUGCUGAGGUUUCCAGAUUGCAACCAUGAACAUGCUUAUUGGGUUCCGGCAGUCCCAGGUCGUCUCGUCGGCCUCACGUGGCUCGAGCAUGAGAGAUACGAGGGGUAGCGGAGGCGAGAGCUCCACUGCUAGUGAAGGAGAGCUUCAGCCGUGCUCCAGUGAAAUAAGCCAUGGUGGCUCCAGCCUUAUCCAUUCAGAUCAUGAAAAUGAAAGCCUGGUUGAACCGGUGCGUCUCUCGGAGGUCAGCACUCACAGGGGGACGAAUGCACGUGCUGCAUCGUCUUCCUAUCCGAACAGUCAGAUUGGACUGGCAGCAGCAGUGAGCGGAGGAGGUGGACGGAGAUCCUUUGGCCGAGGAUGUGGCAGUCGUGCCCACGCUGCUACUAGAGGUUCUUCUGGAGAGCAUAUUUUGUUCAGGAAAUGUGUCCAGCUAAACCAAGAAAGGGCCGCUAUGGCUGCUGCGUUUGCUGCUGAAGAAUAUUUGAAGCAGGAAGGUUCUACUUAUUGUACUGAUGGGAAACCUAACAGCUUCAUUAUUAAGUCACUUCACGACAUGGGUGUUGGUUUAAGCCCAACUACUGAAUCUGAGCUUGAAGGUUUUGAUCCUGAAGACAGCGAAAGUGAAUCUGACAUGGCUAAAGGGGACACCCAAGUUCAAGGAAUUCAGCAACUCCAGAAAAGCCAUCCUGUUCCUGUCUCAACCCCCCCGCAUCUCCGUGAUGAUUCAGCUCUGGAGCCGUCAGGUUCAGAAAUCCCUGGUGCAACGACACCCUCCCCUCACCCUGCUGACCUGGCGAGCUCGAUUGGAUUUCCAUCACAGAGCAGUGGCUCCAUUUCACUGCCAACAACGCCUCAAGUGUGGACUCCCUUGUACCAGAAUGGAUCAGGGAGGUCAUCCACUGGCACUCCAGGGCUUUCUGGUCCAACCACAUCGGAGCUUGUCGCUGCAACAUCCAGCUUGCGAGCUAGAAGGGCAGCUCUUUUGGCGCUUCCAUCUCUCCAGAUUCCAAGUUUCCUUGCUUCUCCAGGGCCUUAUGAAACUUUCUCUGGCCCUCGUGGAUUUUCUGGGAAUAUGCUUCCAGGAAGUUACAUUCCAUCAGUUCAAGCUCCCCUAGGACAGCUCAGUUCCUUCAACCCACGACCCAACCAGCCACUCCCUGCUCCUUCGUUAGCAUCUGUUGAUUCUGACCCCGAAUUUUUGGGCACUUCAGUAACUUCAAAAACCCCAGGGUGGCACAAGCUAUGGUCAGGAGGAGGGAGCAUGGCAUCAAACGCCUCGUCUUCCAACCUGGCUACACCUGGAGAUUCAUAUCCUGCCACUGUAGCCACUGCAAGGCAGGAAGUCGUUCCAGCUGGUGGGCUUCACGAAAUCUUGAAAGUGGAGAAGUGGGGAGUUUUGAGGGCGGUGCCAGGCCCAGCUUUCUCUGGAUUUAUGUCAGGUCCUUCAUCUCCCGCUCCACCAACUCCUUCACUUCUAGCCCGCUCUCUGUCCAGCGCAGCACACUUUGAUUCAGUGCCAUCUCCAUCAGUAGUUUCUGCGGCUGCUGCAGAAGCAGCAGCUUCUACUGCCGCAUUUGCAGCUGCCAGUGCUGCAGGUGCUGCCAGUCCAUCCAAUCCGCUGUACAAGACUGAGCUGUGCCGGUCAUGGGAAGAGACUGGCGCCUGCCGCUACGGGGGAAAGUGCCAGUUUGCACAUGGAAGGGAUGAGCUUCGAGCUGUUGCACGCCAUCCCAAGUACAAAACUGAGGUGUGUAGGACUUUCAAUCUAAAUGGAACAUGUCCUUACGGCACGCGUUGCCGGUUCAUUCACUACACCUCAGCUUCCACGUCAGCAGCAAGCUCCCCAGCCAUUGGAGCUUCUCCCAUUCAGGCCCACACAAGCAGCUCUCGUAUAGCUGGAUCUGGUGUGGGCCUGGUUCCAUCUCCCUUCAAGUCUCAGCUCUCUCUUCCCAUUGCCAGGAGCGCCUCAUCGUCCUCAGGCAGCGCAUUUUCCACCCCUCAGGGCAGUCCUCGGCGGCUGCCAGUGUUCGAGACCAUCUGUAGGGAGGCAGAUGCCGAGGCGUGUACUCGGUCGCGCAACUUGGAUAGGUAUUAUGGGGGUUGAGCCUGGGAGGUUGAGGCUCGAGGGAUUAGUCGAGAAAGGUUGGGUUAAGUGCAACCGUUUUAUGGAUGCUUGGCUCGGGUGGUUAUUUGGAUUAUUUCAUUAUAUGGUUUUGUUGGGCUGAGAAAUGCCCUUGGGAUCUUUCCAGAGACUUAAGUCCCAGUUGUAAAAGACUUGAGUAGUGCAG